CGAGGGAGCGGCGGGCGGGCGCGGAGCAUGCGGAGCGGCGCCCCGGGCGACCCCCGGGCUUGGACGAGGGCGCAGGCGAGGCGCGAAGGCGGCGGGGGCGCGGAGGAGCGCGGCAGCUGCGGCCGGCGCCGGGACGGGCUGCAGUGAUCGGAGUUCGCUGGGAGACCGCGCGGGGCUGGGGCGGGGGGGCAGCCCCGCCCGCCUCUCGGCGCGGACGGCCCGGCGGGGAGGCGCCCAUGCCGGACGGCGCAGCGCGGUGAGGGCGCGCGCGGGCGGGCGGGGGCGCAGCCGGCACCAUGUCCAUGCUGCCCACCUUCGGCUUCACGCAGGAGCAAGUGGCGUGCGUGUGCGAGGUGCUGCAGCAGGGCGGCAACAUCGAGCGGCUGGGCCGCUUCCUGUGGUCGCUGCCCGCCUGCGAGCACCUCCACAAGAAUGAGAGCGUGCUCAAGGCCAAGGCGGUGGUGGCCUUCCACCGCGGCAACUUCCGCGAGCUCUACAAGAUCCUGGAGAGCCACCAGUUCUCGCCGCACAACCACGCCAAGCUGCAGCAGCUGUGGCUCAAGGCGCACUACAUCGAGGCGGAGAAGCUGCGCGGCCGGCCCCUGGGCGCCGUGGGCAAAUACCGCGUGCGCCGCAAGUUUCCGCUGCCGCGCUCCAUCUGGGACGGCGAGGAGACCAGCUACUGCUUCAAGGAAAAGAGUCGCAGCGUGCUGCGCGAGUGGUACGCGCAUAACCCCUACCCCUCGCCGCGCGAGAAGCGCGAGCUGGCCGAGGCCACGGGCCUCACCACCACGCAGGUCAGCAACUGGUUCAAGAACCGGCGGCAGCGCGACCGGGCAGCGGAGGCCAAAGAAAGGGAGAACAGCGAGAACUCCAACUCCAACAGCCACAACCCGCUGGCUGCGUCGCUGAAUGGCAGCGGCAAGUCGGUGCUAGGCAGCUCCGAGGACGAGAAGACGCCGUCGGGGACGCCAGACCACUCGUCGUCGAGCCCCGCUCUGUUGCUCAGCCCGCCGCCGCCCCCUGGGCUGCCGUCCCUGCACAGCCUGGGCCACCCUCCCGGCCCCAGCGCCGUACCCGUGCCCGUGCCCGGCGGAGGCGGCGCGGACCCGCUGCAGCACCACCACGGCCUGCAGGACUCCAUCCUCAACCCCAUGUCGGCCAACCUCGUGGACCUGGGCUCCUAG